UCAAUAGAAAUCUGGUGCUCGGCGCAUUUGGGCAGACGGCAGCAGACGAGAAUCAUUCAGUGUAAACGUAUUCACGAGGCGAUACCUUUCAAGAUGUGUGACGUUGACGACAUUAUGACAAAAUGCGGCACUAAUGCCGAAGCCUGCAAAAAGAUUUGCGAUGAUGGUUGUGGAGCUUUUGAUAAAUAUGAUAAAGACAAAAAUGGGAGUCUGUCCAAGGAAGAAAUCGGCACCCUUCUUGCUGCAGGAGGCUCCAACAUGUCUAAGGAGACGGUGUUUUCAUUUUGUGAUCUGGAUGCUGAUAACAAAGUAACGAAGGAGGAAUUCAUCAAAGCAUUAGUCUGCACCUCCAUCGAAGACGACAUCAGGAGAGUGUUUAACGAUUUCGACAAAAACAAGAACCACACCAUUGACAAGGCGGAACUUGGGGCCGUGUCGGGGGAGUGCGCCAAGCAAGGCAUCGAUCAGGCGAGCCUAGCCAGGGUCAUGGAGAAAUACGAUACUGAUUCCAGCGGAGAAAUUAGUUUUGAUGAGUUCAAGGCGGCAUUCUUUAGCAAAUAAUUUGCACAUGCCGGUCAUGCGUCUGUCAGGAGCCACCGUGGCCCCCUGGGGUGUGACCCGUGGCAGCGAUGAAAAAUUGAUGAGGGAAUUUCCAAACUAAGUAAACUUUCAAAGAAAUAGAUGGACUGCGGAUGGUACGCAUACAAGACGGCAUAUUCUUACCAGGUCUAUUGCAAAGUCAGUCAGCAGCCGUCACGAUUUUUUUAAGGCAGAGGUAUUAAGAGGUACAUUCCAAUACCAAAUUCGCACAGUGGCGACAUUUCAGACAUUUUACAAGAACUGCUAUGUACCGCAUUAUGCAUAUCGGCCGUGCGGAUAUAUGUUUUUAAUUGUUCCUUCGUCAGAAAGAAGGGAGCACGAGUUUUGUGUGCUUGUAAGUAAAAAGACACACACACUUGUAUGUAUUGCAUUUUUUAGCUUGGUAAGGCCAAACAAUCGACUCCAUAUCGUUGGCCGUAGUGCAUUCCUAGUACGGUGUAACGAGAAAUUCAUCGAGCUUUUCCAUAAAUAAACAUAACGUCUGAUGCGUUUGGAACUGUAAGUUAUUUUGGUUUCGAACACCAGACCGGGCAAGGGAUACCAUUGAUGAACAACUGUACAGGACUGGUGCUGCCAUUUUAAAUAAGCUUCAGCUCCUGGCCGGGUUCCCAGCAACGGGUAUGAUCCCCCCCCCCCCCCCCCCCACUCCCCUUAUUUAGGGGGUACAUAGGCUUGUUCCCAAGUUUUAAAAUCACCCCCUAAUGGAAGGAAACAGCAUUUUUUUGUACCCCCUAUUUGCGGGCUUUUGUGAGGAAAUUGACCCCCUAUUUGAAGGAAGGAUUUGAUCUUAUUGAGGCCCGGGCGGAGUGUAGGAGUUGAGUGUAGCUCAACUACAUGGAGAGGGAAUUAACACGAUUACCAACACCCCUGACGGACCCUAUUCUCUCUGCAGCGUGGAAAGAGCGGAAAAUAGCAGUAAUAACACCCCUAUUUAUUGAUUUUUCGGGGAUUUUCCCCCGAAACAAGAGUGAAAAUUAACCCCCUUUUCCCGAAAAAUCGGGAACGCGCCUGCGGCCCCCUUGACUAUGGAAGUGGGGGGGGGGGGGUAUGAUCGAUUACAUAUCGUAAACGAUUAUGCCGUAAAAUGCUGAUAGUAUAUUAGUGCAGUCUUCAGAAGUUGGCUAGUAAUGGCUAGAAAGACACAAGAGUGCGAUUGUACUGUAGAGUGCAGGCCACUGUGUAAAUUGCCACCGUUUCAUUUAACAUCGCUGCUUACGGAAACAUUGAACAAAUUACUGCUGUAAAGAGGACUAGGAGCCGUUGCGAUUUCACACUAGGGAAAAUGUUAAAGUUUUAGGGUCACGAAGGCACCUGGGAGAUGCGGUAGUAAUCAAGACAUACAUCUGCAUCCAAAGUCAUUUAUAUUCUUUCUUCUAUACUAACUCAGGCUAUAACCACUUUAUUUGGUGUCGGUUUGACAGUUGGUCCGCUGCUGACAGACAGAUGGCUUUCCAAUCGUCACUAUGGUCAACACUUGUUGAGGUUGAUCUUCAUGAAUUAAUUUUCUUUCUCCGGGUCUGGUGUAUAGCAGUCUGAAUUGCUCCCAGCAGGAAAAUACAAAAAUGUAAUUGUCCGUCCCUAUUGUAUGGUGAAUUAUCAUGUACAUAGCUAUUCAGAUACCAUGGCCGUUACCCCUAAGAGACUAACAGGGCAUAGUAGCUUCCCUCGUCCCCUGGCCACUCUAGCCUAAAACAGUUCAGAGUCGUUGGGCCAAUACCUAAGUAUGACUGCGUUGAUAGCAACAUAUUUUUGCUUUUAUUGAACAUUAACGGUUUUUCAUAAAGUUGAUCACAUUGAUUUUACUGGACAUCGUCACAAAAUGGCGGUUUUUUUACCUCUCCGUACCAAUUGUUGUACCAUCUUUGGUGGAAAUUUACCUAUGUAUGCAAUACGACCUGCAGUUUUAGAAAUUUCUCUGUAAACGUAACCGUUUAUGAAUACAAUAGGGAGUUUCCGCAUCGCUUACGAUUACGAUUACGAUUACGAUUUCAAAGUCGUAAUCGUAAUACUCUCAAAACCGGCAUGAACCAGAAAUUUUGUUUCCGCAUUCACAUUAACGACUUGGUGCACUGUAUAGUUUAGGCCCUUUACUCUGCUCUCAUGCUCUGGGUGCACUUUUCUCGGCGCUAAAACAUGAUCAAAAUCGCCGUUGAUCACAUUAAAUGCGGUUCCUAUGUUUGACAGAUAUGUUCUAAAGUAUUAUUCAAUGAAAAGUUCACCUUGAAUUUGAUAUGUAGCGUGGAAAAUAGGCUUUUCGCUAAUCCAUGUAAUCGUUUUUCGACUUACGAAGAUCAGCCGGAAUCCUCGUAAGAACGAGACGAAACUACCAUCGACGAUUUCGCUGGGGAUGUCGUAGCACCAAAAAUCGAUGACGUCAAACACAAAUCGUAAUCGUAAUCGUAAUCGUAAGCGAUGCGGAAACUCGCUAAUAAGUUCGAUAUUGCAUCGCAAGAAGAUCGACCUCAACGGGUAGACUCUAGUAUCACCGAUCUAACACUGUUUCGGAAUAUGCACGCCAAGCCCACGAGAGAUACAAUGCCUUUUGUCGUUCGAUGCCAUUCGACAUGUUCAAUCGAGAUAGGCAAUAGGAGGGUUACAUCAAAUUGUCUGACAUUUCUGUUGGUCAUCAUGCCAUCAUGUCCUGCCCUUGGUGUUUUUGUGUCGAUUUCACAGCAGGGGUUCAGAAUGACGGGCACAGAAUGACAGGCGCUAAGCCAAUCAGGUAUGAAGGGGCUUUGGCCUGUUCAAUGCACGUUGUGCUGGGGACGGUCAUGCCCCGAGAUAAUGAACCGGUGUUAGAUCGGUGAGUCUAGAGUAUUUUGCUGCAAGGCUAUAUGGAGAAACUUAACUACAGGGUGGCCCAGAAUUAUUUUCCCUUGCACAAUAGAAAUCUAUUGUGUAUCUAUCGUGUGAGGGAAAAUAAUUCUGGGCCAUCCUGUAGAGGCAGCAAACAUGCGGAUGGCUACUUUUCACGUUUUGGCUUCAUUUAUAUGAUUCAUGUUCUUGGCUGCUUUUCAUUUUCAAUAGAUGUAAUUUCUUGAAACAAUGAUUGCUCUACCCCUGUACGAUUUUCCUUCUGAGACUAAGAGGCAUCGAGCAACGACAUGCAGUUUUUUUCCCUAUGAACCAUUAUGUAUAAAUGAUAUUGGGACAGUCCAAAACUAUCCCUUAGACUAGACUAUCAUUCGCGACCAAUAUCAAAUAAGGAUAGAAAAUGUUAAUCUCUAAAGUUCAUGACUGUUUUUGGACACUCGACGUUUGUGUCAAUCCUUGUGAAUAAGACGCACUACCAAUGAUUUUCGAUGCCGUUGUCUAAUUUCGUUCAUACAUGUACACUUCUUUGAUGAAUCGACCGAGACUGCAGUUCGUGAAAAAUUAAAGUGUUGUUGCGGAAAUUAUCGGCAUCGGUUUUCGGGUUGAAAUUGUAGGGUUCGUAGCAGGGUGAUUUCCAUAUUCAAAGUAAACCACGUUUGUGUCUCCUUCACAAGCAUCUCCGCGAUAUAAGAUUGUUUUAAAAAAAUAAGGCGUCUCCUAAGUAAGUUGAACAAUUUAGAAAAUGUUAUUUCGAUAUCUUUAUUUUAGCUAUUCCCUCUUUUUGAAAAAUAAAAUGUAUUUGCAACACUAAA